AUGUAAUGUAAGGAAGAGUGGAAGUGUAACUAAAUAACUAUAUGGGGGAGCGAGGGCUCAUAGCGUGAGGAAGCCAAAUCGUUCUGUAUCUAACUAAGAACAACAGCCAACCGUUUGACUGUCAAAAGACAUUACGGUACGAUAUAGCAUGGGAUUGGUAACCGCCACUGUUCCUGUUCCUCAAAUCGGGUUCGGGUCACUCCCAUCCAUUCGGGUCAACAACUCCUCCGGGUACAGGUUGAGCUUCCCUCUCUCUCGCUCGUCGAAGAGGAAUAGGAGUAUAGGUAGAUUUGUUUGCUUCGCUGUUGACGACGACCUCAGACAGAAGCAGCAAGAGUCAAGUACUAACGCUACUGGGCUUGGCUCCGCCGUUGAAGAAAGGCCUGAUCUUUUUGAGAGUACAAAUGAAGAAACGCUGGAAAAUUUUAAGCAAGAUGGUGAACGAAGUGCUAUCUAUGAUUUUCUUUAUCCCAGUAAAGAGCUUCUACCUGAUGAUAAAGAAAUGAGCAUAUUUGAUCAUCUUGAAGAGCUGCGGCAGAGAAUCUUUGUAUCAGUUCUGGCAGUUGGAGCAAGCAUUUUGGGGUGCUUUGCAUUUUCAAAAGAACUGAUCAUGGUUCUUGAAGCUCCUGUUAAAUCACAGGGUGUAAGAUUUCUUCAGCUAGCUCCUGGCGAGUUUUUCUUCACAACUUUAAAGGUGUCUGGAUACUGUGGCCUUCUCUUGGGAAGUCCUGUCAUCCUCUAUGAAAUCAUAGCCUUUGUACUUCCAGGCCUAACAAAAGAUGAAAGAAGGUUUCUUGGGCCAAUUGUUUUAGGCUCAUCGGUUCUUUUCUACGCUGGAAUAAUUUUCUCCUACUUAGUUCUGACACCUGCAGCAUUAAAUUUCUUUGUUAACUAUGCUGAAGGUGCUGUUGAAUCAUUGUGGUCCAUUGAUCAAUACUUUGAAUUUGUUCUGGUGCUUAUGUUCAGUACAGGCUUAUCUUUCCAGGUACCUGUUAUACAAUUUCUAUUGGGACAACUUGGAUUGGUGUCUGGAGACCAGAUGCUAUCAAUUUGGAGGUAUGUUGUGGUUGGUGCUGUAGUAGCAGCAGCUGUAGUUACGCCAUCCACUGAUCCUCUUACUCAAGUUCUUCUUGCGGCACCCUUGUUGGGUCUUUACCUAGGUGGCGCAUGGAUGGUUAAGCUUACGGGACGGUGACCUUAGCCUCAUUUCUUAAUUAUGCGCUAGAAUUUCAGUCUGGAACAGAUGUUAAUGUACAUUCACAUAGCAAUCUAGUGUAUAUGUUUACUUGUACCAAAGCAUUACCUUUCCUAUAUUAUUAUUGAUUUAAACAUAUACAUCUGUAACUAGUCAUUCUUGGCAUGCGUAGGUAUGUGUUUAAGAUUCAUCCUGACAGUUAAUUUGGUUUCGUACAUUUCAUAACACGUUUAAAUUAAAAUCCUGACAUUUUAUUACCAAUAAAAAAUUAUAAAAUAAGUAAAUACAGCCAUUC